AUGCGGCUCGGAUCUCUGGCCCUGCUAUGGGCAUCGACCGCAGGUGCCGUACAGUACAUGAAAUCGAAAGAUUUUCGUGUCGGCGUUGACCCCGAUUCUGGCGCUCUGCUGUCGAUCGUACAUCCCAAGGACAACGCGUCCAUGAGCUGGAUAAGCGGUCCGGAUAAUACACCGUGGCAGCCGCCUGGCAGCAGAUGGGGACUUGGGUACGUCGACUGGGGAAGUCUCCACCGGACAUUCUGGACUAAACCGCACAUCCGUGUUGAGGAUGAUCGCAUGAGCGCCGUGUACACCUUGGAUGGAUUGAAAGUCGACGUGACCAGGAAACUUGAUCAGCGCUCGGGUAGUCUGGAUGAGUGCUACGCAUUCACAAAUACUGGGGAUGAUCCCGUGACGCUCAACGAUAGGGCGACCGAGUCCUUCGCGAUAUAUACACCGUUCAACGAUCACUAUACCACGACGGAAGAUGUGCUGGAAAACCGCGCACAUGCACAUGUUUGGGCAAACGGUGGAGCCUCCUCAUGGGUGAAACUGACCCGGAUGGGAUUGCGGGGGCCGCACCUUGGUCUUGUCCUGACGGAGGGCGCGUUGGCAGGAUAUAGUGUCGAGGCCAGGAAUGUGGUGACACUCUCAAACACACGGGGUUUCUUCCUUUUGCAUCCCGAUGCUCCGCGAAUCGAGCCUGGCGAGUCGACACGGAUCUGCUGGUCCCUGUUCUGGCACGACGAUUGGGAGGAUUUCUUCGAGCAGGGUAUCGAACGGUCGGACCAAUUUCUCCAAGCGGAUUCAUCGAGUUGGACUGCUAUUGCCGGUGAAGCAGUCAAUUUGACUGUGUCGAGUCGCCGGGGAGCAACCAUCUCUUCUGAUGGCGUGGAUCUUGUGGCGGGACAGCAGAAGGGCUCCUUUUCAGGAUCCAUCAAGGCAGACAAGACAGGGCAGCAGAAGAUCUCGUUCACCGUGGACAAUGACGGGAUUCAGACGAACUCCACUGUCAUUCUCAACGUCGUCGCUGACGUCGAUGAGCUUAUUGCCAACCGCAUCAAAUUCAUCACUUCGAAGCAGCAACUAAGUACCGACUUCCCUGAUAAAUCCAAGGCCGGUGCGUACGCUGUGUACGACAAUCAGAUGGAGGGAAUCAUGACAUUCGACACUUCAUCCGAUCGAAACACCGGGCGAGAACGGGUUGGCAUGGGUGUUCUCAUUGGUCGCUGGCUGCAGUCCAACUCUGACGCCGAAGUCGAAGAAUCUCUUCGCAUCUACUACGACUAUGUCAAUAACCAACUUCAGGAUGCGACGGGGUACGUCCAUUCCUGGCCGAUUGAUGCUGGAAGAACGGCAUCCCUUAGGCUGUACAACUGGCCGUGGGUGAUGCAGUUGCAUCUUCAGAUGGCAAAGCUGGGUAACAAGGUAACAACCAGCCAUGGCAACUACACGGCGACUCCUAGCCAGCGACUGCUGGAUACGGUCGAGCGGUUCUACGUGCAAGACGACGCGAACGACUACUACCCAAUCAACGUACCGAUCUACGAGACGCUCACCUACUUUGAGGAAUCGGGGAACGAGGAGGCAGUUCAGCGUCUCCUGGCCCUCUGGACAGCGCACGGCAAACGCAUUGCCGAAGUCGGACAGAAUUACCCAGCAUCGGAGGUAAACUAUGAGCAGUCGAUUGUCGCUCCCGCAGCCAUCAUCCUUCUCGAGCUGUAUCGGUAUACCCAGGACCAGGAAUGGCUCGACGCAGCACAGGGCCACUUUGAUCGUCUCGAAGCAUUCAGCGGUCGACAGCCAGACCAUCGUCUCCACGAUAUCGCCAUCCGCCACUGGGACGGGUAUUGGUUUGGCAAGGAUCGGAUGUGGGGAGACACAUUCCCGCAUUAUUGGAGUACCCUGACGGGCAUUGCGAUGCAUCACUAUGCCAAGGCAACGGGAGAUGAUUCGUACCAAAGGCGCGCGGAGGGGAUACUGCGGGGAAACUUGGUCCUUUUCUCCAAGGAGGGGCGGGGGUAUUGUGCGUAUAUUUACCCGACCACUGUCGACGGCAGGAAGGGAGGAUACUUAGACCCGUAUGCGAAUGAUCAGGACUGGGCGUUGGCUCAUAUUCUCGCGAUAAGGGGGUAUCAGUCAUCCGAACGCUGA